AUUUGUAGUCUAGAAAAAUAGCUGCUGCAAAGCUUGAAGAUGUCUCUUUCUCUCUCUUGUUGUUUGUCAUCAAUAGACUCUCUCCUAACACAAGAUGAGCUCCAUUGUCUCAAGUUAGUUGCUGUCCACGGGUUAGACCUGGAGUCAGCUGCUACUGCUACAAACUUCACAUCAAUCUACACCUCACUGGAGAAGAACCAUCCUAGCACUGCUCCAGCCAUUGCUCUGUCUCUACUAUGCAGACUAGGCCUGCCUGAGUGUCUUCUGUUCAAGUUAAGAGAGAAGUCCCAGCGCCUCCCUACAGAUAUACUGCUCUCAUCCUUUCCAAUGGCAGAUCUCAUACUAACACUGUACUACAUCAUGGCUGAUAUGAGAGAAAAGGAAUUCAAUCUAUUCAGGAGGAUAGCUGUGGUGUCUUUCUUUCCACAGCAAGAUCAGUCUUCUACACUCACUCCUGCUAAUCUCAUUGCCCUGAUGCUUCAACAUGGCGUCUUUAAUUUGCAACAAUUCGAUUUCAUAUUCGCAUGGUUACAAGGUUCAGGAGCUUUGCUUCACAUCCAGUACUUAAGACGCCAUUGUCAUUCUCGGAAUGUGAAGGAACCAAAAUGGAGGACACUUUUACCAUCAGUUGUCCAACAGGUGCACCAUUUAAUGCAAUAUUGUGACGAGAACAAAGUGUUUGAUGUUAAUUUUGUUCCUCCUCCACCAACAGCAGGAGAAUAUCGUUAUCUUGGACUGCCUCCAAAAUAUAGCGAUGUCAUGAAAGACAGUGACAAUAACAAUAAUAAUAAUAAUAAAAGAAAAAACUCAUCUCAGUUAAGAUGUAUUGUCUGUAUAAUAAUCUCUAUAGUGCUCACUGUGUUCAUCAUAAUGACACUCACUCUGUUCUAUUUCAUGACUAAUUGCAGUCAAGUGAGCUACACAGGAGCCAAUGCCACAGUCCUCAUUGAUAAUCCUUGUAACCUGAAACUGCUGACGAUUAGCAAAGGCAGUAUUAAUGAGGACUAUUCUACAACACUGUACAUGAGUACAGCUGAAUCAAUAGACUAUAGAGCUGACUCAUUACCAGCUAGAGUUCACUGGAGUAUGGUUACACCAAAUGACAGCAUUGGUCUUAACUAUUAUGAUGCUGAUUAUCCAGUCUAUACAGCCAAAGAAGGUCUACUACAAUAUAAUAUAACAGUAUCAAGUACUAAUGAUGAUAAAGGAGAGUGUUCCUUACAGUUAUAUCUGUUUGAUUCUUUUGAUGGUUAUGCUUCCUUCCUCUCCACUGGUUGUUAUUCCAGUUCUAUCUCAACUCACUGCAUCACUGGAGGGUCAGCUCAAACUCAUUCCGUUACAUUCUCUCUCCCUUCUCGUGGCUUUUACUUUGUUGGUUUAAAGAGUCAAUCAACAGCAUCUCUCAUUGUCAGUAUUACGGGAACUCUAACCUCAUUUAGUCUCACCCCACCAUAUUUGGACAAGUGCCAACUGGACGAUGAUCACGACCGAUGUACACUAGACAGUACUGGUUCUACCAAUGGCCGUCAUUACGUGUUCGCCGAGUCUCGUAGCACUGCUGUACAGAGUGUCCUCUCAUCACUGUCCUGUGGAAACCUGAUAUCACUCUGUAUCAUGAUACCAGUGAUUGGGCUAACCUUAUUCAGUGUAUUAACAGUUAUAACAAUGAUACUAUGCAAGAGGAAGGAGGAGAAGAAGGAGAAAGAUUUGGGCCUUUCCAUGAAAAAGAAAACAGUUGUAGUGUAGUUCAUCACAUUAAAACUAUACAUCAUUAAACUCACAUUAUUCAGUUGUAGCAUUCAAGCAUCAUAUCAUUCCUUCAUUCAUUCAUUUCAUUAGUCAGAGACUGUAUAUAUUGACAUAGAAAAGGUUUGGUAGUUUUAGUUUUAUAAAAAAAACUUUAAAAA